CGUGUCGCUCCGCUUCCGAAGGAAAGGAAAAGCAACAAGAAGGAAGAGCAAUGGCGACACUGGAUCGCAAAGUGCCCAGUCCGGAGGCGUUCCUGGGCAAACCGUGGUCCUCCUGGAUCGACGCCGCCAAAAUACACUGCUCCGACAAUGUAGAUUCAGAAGAGACUGGAAAAGAAGGUGGAAAAGGCAGGGAGGUUAUGAGACUUAAUAAAGAAGAUAUGCAUUUAUUUGGGCAUUAUCCUGCUCAUGACGACUUCUACUUAGUGGUGUGUAACGUGUGCAGUCAGGUAGUCAAGCCCCAGGUUUUCCAGUCACAUUGUGAAAGAAGACACGGUUCAAUGUGCAAACCUUCCCCGUCUCCAGCUUCUCCUCCCUCCAACAAUAGAACAUCCCUCGCACAAAUGAAACAGAAAGUGUGUAUCAGCAGCCAUAACCCAGUCAAUAGCAACUCAAAGCCAUUCAAAGCGCCCAAAGACAAUCUAGUUACCUCCAGCAACAAACAGCACACAGUGUUUUCUUCUAAAGUGUCAAGAGACAAACCAUGUGUCCCCGUUCCAGUAGUCAGCCUCGAGAAGAUCCCAAAUCUUGUGAAAGCAGAUGGUGCCAACGUUAAAAUGAAUUCAUCCAACAACCCAAACUCCUCCACAGCUUCUUCAACCUCCUCUUUGACAAAACAGACUGUGAUCCCUAAGACAGUACCACAAUCACCAGAAAAGAUACUCAAUGGAAAGGGAAUAGCAUCCCUAGAGAAGAAGCACCAAAACGGUACCAAAAACAGUAAUAAGCCUUACAAACGACUUUCUGAAAGAGAAUUUGACCCAAACAAACACUGCGGAGUAUUGGAUCCUGAGACGAAGAAACCAUGCACAAGAUCACUCACUUGCAAGACUCAUUCACUAAAUCACCGACGUGCAGUCCCUGGUCGCAUAAUACCAUUUGACAUCCUCUUAGCUGAACACAAAGCUCGGUCGAGGGAAAAAGAAGUAACGAAAGACAAAGAGCAUCCCCAGUCCACGCGUGAAACUCAUCUGAACCAACCCACACCAGCACAAGAACAGUCAUCAGGGCCAUCUGCAAAUUCUGUUCUGGAACCAAAAGUGACAUCUCCGGCAAAAGCCAGACCUCCCAACUCUGUUCUACCUAGACCAUUGACUGCAAACAGCAUUAACAGCACGAAUCCCUCAAACCACAGUGCUUUUGUGACAGAGCUGCCUGUUAAUUCUACAUCAGGGGAUCUGGCGUCUCGGCUGUCAAGUGAUGAGGGGGAAAUUGAGGGGGUGGAGGAAGCAGAUAAAUUAGACUGUUACUAUUCUGGACACCAUCCUAAACCACUUGCGUUUUGUUCAUUCGGCAGUCGCUUAAUGGGAAGAGGAUAUUAUGUCUUCGAUAGGCGAUGGGACCGGUUUCGUUUUGCAUUAAAUUCCAUGGUUGAGAGACACUUGAAUUCACAAAUGUGGAAAAAAAUUCCUCCAGCUGCGGAUAGUGCAAUACCUUCUUCUGCAGCACAUGUUAACAGUCCUUUCCCUGCAUCUGUUCUGCAGCCCUUCAGCAGCCCAAAUUCGGUUUACCUUCCUUCCCCUCCCACUAAUUCAAGAACGCAUUCUUCUUACAUGGUUACCUCUGGCAUGUUGUCAAAUGCACCAUUUGUUCCAUCUUCUGAAACGAACUCGGUCACAUCACACAGCGCAACGUUCCCCCAUGUUGCAACCACACUCAAUAUUAUGGAUUCCACUUUCAAGGCUCCCUCAGCUGUGUCUCCUUUGCCAACCACCAACGCUUCACCUUCCCAUAAACCAUCUAAAACAAAGCCCAGCAAGUCAUCUAAGGCAAAAGACUUGUCUUCACGGAGUGAGGAGACCUCAGUUAACAAAAAGAAAAAGCCUCAAACGCCACCUUCCUCCUCGUCCUCCUCGUUACCUUUGCAGACUUCCUCCUCGUCUUCGUUUUCAGGGUCCCACAAAAAAAACUGUGUCUUGAACUCUAGUACAACGUUGAACAGUUAUCAGGCAACUUCUUCCUAUAACAGUGUGUCUGUGCACAAUGCAAACAAUGGAACAAGCCCAAUCAGUGCCAAACUGGAAUCUCCAGGAAGGACUUCUUUAUCCGGUAGCUCAACGGAUUCUAUAAAACACAUGAGCAUGGUUGUUAGCAGUAUUGACUCCAGCCUGUCAGUUUCUUCCCUUGUGCACCACCCUGGGGAGCACACGCUGGCAGCCCACAAUGCAGUGUCCUCGCUGCCUCUCCCUUUCGAUAAAUCGGAGGGGAAGAAGCGAAAAAACUCUAGCACUAGUAGCAAGGCCUGCAAAAUCACUAAAAUGCCUGGUAUGAACAGUGUUCACAAAAAGAGCACCACCAACCUUAUAUCUUCUGUGCCAGAUCCCCCAAACAGUUCUAUCUCCAGACAGAUGGGGAAAAGUAGCAGUGUAGCGUUAUCACAGCCUACUCCUUCAAGUACGUCAAACCCUGCACACAACAAGCAAAAGACGUCAAACCGCACUGGCAGGAUAAGGACGCUUCCGUGACAUUGGAAACCAGCGGAUUACCUUUAGAUCUCAGCAGUCCUACUCCACAAGCUGUACAUUUGCCCUACACAGGGACAGUGUCGCCUUUCAUAAUUACAUGAUGGAGACAUGUUAGUCUAAAGUUUACAGAACCAAACUGGGUGUUGUUCCUUUGCCACUUAUGGUUUCCAUUGGUUGCUGUUUUCCUGCUCUUCUGUAGAAUUACCUUCUUCAUAACCUCAAAGGUUGAUUAAGGGAAAACACGAUUCUUUAAUCUUGAUCUGCCUAAAAACCCUUUCUGCUAGUGGGAUCUGCUUUUCUACCCUUGCUAACUGUGAAAAGAUGACAUCUGCUAGAUUUGUCUUUUGCUCUUUAAUUCCUCUUUCCCCAGCAGUACCUUGCUGUGAUUUACCCCACAGUAGGAGGUGCAGUCUCACUUCAAUAUCACUCAUUUCAAACAAUGCUCCAGAAGGCUUGUAUAAUCACAGAAUGUGGAUGAGUUCAACAGUGAGUUCAUUAAUCUGUCUUCAAAAGAAGGUGGGAGGUCAACAUGCCACUGGAAGGGUGAAUUACAUUUUACAUUUACCUUUGCUAGAACAUGCUGCAUGUCAAUAUUCUGCAUGUCCUUGAAUUAGGCAUGGCAAGGCAGAAGUGAACUCUAGAAGUAAGCCCUUUUUCAAAAGUGUUCUCAGCCAUAUGAACUUAGUUUCAUGUACAAGUAUAAAAUUAGCACAGUUGCUUUAACAUUAGUAUAUAUUUAUAAUGACUACUGCCAGAAUAAAGCACUAGUGCAACAUUAAAGUUUAAAAGUGGGUAAGGAGCGUGUUGUUUGACAUCACGAAUGAACAAGAGGAAAAAGUCACAAAAGUGCCACUUUUUUUUUUUUUUAGAUUACUUUAUAGAUUUUUACUAUCUGAAUGCCAUUAAAAAAAAAAUA